AUGAAGGCGAAAAACGCAGUCGCGGGCAUCUUGCUGGGAACAAGUGCUCUUGCUUCCUCGCAAGUUUCGAUUGAGGAGCUCUUUGGUCGACAGAUUGAGCCGUCAUCUAUUCUCUCCUGCGACGCCACAAACUGGCCCAUCACCACGGUCGGGGGACCAAACCUACCUCAAGAGCCUUCAGAGAACCUGGUCUCGAUCCUAUCUCAGGUUGACCCCGCGAGAAUAGAAGCCAGUAUACUUAAACUCGUGUCUUUUGGAACUCGCCACACUCUCUCAACGCAAACAAACACGACUCGUGGGAUUGGCGCGGCGAGGGAUUGGAUUGCCUCGGAGUUCCAGACAUAUGCCAACGCCAGUGACGGCAGACUUGACGUAAACCUUAACAGCUACAUACAGCAGCCUGACGGCAACCGCAUUCUCUUUCCCGUCAAUAUUAGCAACGUUGUCGCGACCCUAAAGGGCACCGAGACACCAGAGAGACUGUAUGUUGUCUCGGGCCAUUACGACAGCCGCGUGUCCAAUGUCAAUGACUACGAAUCGGAUGCGCCCGGCGCCGAUGAUGACGCUUCGGGCGUCGCCAUUUCCCUGGAACUCGCGCGCAUCAUGUCGCGACCCGACCUGCCUCAGCCCCGGGCGAGCAUCGCCUUUGUAGCCGUGGCCGGGGAGGAGCAGGGUCUCUACGGAGCCCAACACCUGGCGCAGACGUACGCCAAUGCGACGCCGCGAGUCAAUGUCGAGGGCAUGUUUACCAACGACAUUGUGGGGUCCUCACGGGCCGACGAUGGGACAACGGAUCCCUACACGAUCCGGCUCUUUGCACAAGGACUACCGCCUCUGAGCGUGGAAAACUCCAGUAUCCGGGACACGCGCCUCACGAUUGGCGGCGAAAACGACACCCCGGCGCGCAGCCUGGCGCGACUGGUCAAGGAAGUCGCCGAAAAUACCGCCACGGGCAUGAACGUCUCGGUCGUGUACCGACUGGACCGCUACCUCCGCGGCGGCGACCACCGGCCCUUUCUCGAGGCGGGAUACCCGGCCGCGCGCUUCACCGAGCCCAAUGAGGAUUUUGCGCACCAGCACCAGGACGUCCGCGUCGAUGGCAGCGGCAAGCAGUAUGGUGACUUGCCCGAGUUUUGCGACUUUGACUUUAUUGCCCGCGUCGCCCGCGUCAAUGCGGCGGCGCUCUGGAGUCUGGCCAACUCGCCUGGGGCGCCGAGAAAUGUCAGGGUCAACUCGACGGUGCUGAGCAAUGACAGCGUCUUUUACUGGGACCCGCCUUCCGGGGGCGAAGACGACGUGGCGAGUUAUGAAGUGGUCUGGAGAGCUACGGAUGCCCCGUUUUGGGAUCAUGUGCUCGAUGUCGGGUUGAUUCAUAACGCUACGGUGAAUUUGAGCAAGGAUAAUGUCAUUUUCGGUAUCAGAGCCAAGAGUACUGAUGGUCUGAGAGGAGUAGCUGUGCUACCCUUUCCAGCAUCAUGA